AUGCGAUUCGGCGACCAAUCCCAGCAGGUCAUCCAAUUGACCGGGUCGUUCACUGGAUACCGCCCGCUCCAACAGCUUGGCCAGGGAUACCUCAGCGCAACCACCGACUUCAAGCAGCCGCUAUGCGGCAACGAGGAGGGCUGGGGACCUCUUAGCCCCUUCCGAUUUGACUUCACGCCGUGCUUCAUAGAUGUCUGGGUCUCGUCCGUUGCCGUCUUCGGCAUUAUCUGCGGAGCUUUCGCGCUCUGGUAUGUCCUCAGAAAGACCAGCUCUGCCAUGAUAUCCAAGGACUGGCACUUUUGGACGAAACAGUCACUCCUGCUCCUUGUCAUCGCCGACAUCAUCGCCCAGCUCGUCAUCCAGAUAAUCAACUUUCCGGGCAUAUGGUACGGAGACUUUCGAGUCUUGACAACCUUCCUGACGAUCCUGUCACUCGGCGUGAUCUUUUCGAUUCAAUGGCUCGAGCAUUCGCGUAUGCGGAAUGCCAAUGGCGUGGUUUUGUUCUACUGGCUGUUCCUCCUCAUCGCCUACGCGGUCAAACUCCGGUCCCUGGUUUCGCAGCAGGUAUACGACACGAACUUGGCCUACUUUGUGACGUACACGGUUGGGUUUGGACUUUCGGGUGUUGAGUUCUUGUUUGAGUGGUUAUGGCCAAAGCAUGCGAGCGCAUACCAGGCAUUGGUGGACGAUGAAGGCGAGGAGUGUCCUGCUGAGCAUGCAACCAUCUUUUCGCGUCUCACAUUCUCAUGGAUGACUCCUUUGAUGAAGUUUGGCUACAAAGAGUACUUGACCGAAGAAGACCUAUGGGGCUUGUCGCCCAGUGACAAGACUUCAACAACAGGAGCCAUGUUCGAAACCGCCUGGCAAUAUGAAUUGAAGCACAGAACGAAUCCUUCUCUGUGGCUAGCUAUUUUUAAAGCCUAUGGUGGCCCUUACAUGCUUGCCACUGUCUUCAAGGUCGUGAAUGAUCUCGCGGCAUUCAGUCAACCUCAGCUGUUGCGACUAUUGAUAUCAUUCGUGGAUUCCUACAGCGAAGGGAAAGAGCCGCAGCCCGUUGUAAAGGGUGCUGCUAUCGCCAUUGCUAUGUUCUUCGUUGCCAUCUUGCAGACGAGUAUGAUUCACCAAUACUUCCAACUCGCAUUCGUAACGGGUAUGCGCAUCAAGUCAGGUCUGGCAUCCGCUAUCUACAAAAAGUCGUUGCGGUUGUCAAAUGAGGGUCGUGCCUCCAAGACCACCGGUGACAUUGUCAACUAUAUGGCUGUGGACGCUCAGCGCCUCCAAGACUUGACGCAGUUUGCGCAACAAGUGUGGUCUGCGCCCUUCCAGAUCAUCAUCUGCAUGGUAUCUCUAUACCAGCUUGUCGGAUGGUCUAUGCUUUCGGGCAUCGCGGUCAUGCUCAUCAUGAUCCCAAUCAAUGGCUUCAUCGCUAGGUUCAUGAAACAGUUACAGAAGCAGCAGAUGAAGAACAAGGACGCACGAAGCCGCUUGAUCGCCGAGAUCAUCAACAACAUGAAGAGUAUCAAGCUCUAUGCCUGGAGCACCGCCUUCAUGAACAAGCUCAAUUACGUCCGAAACGACCUCGAGCUUAAGAAUCUCCGCAAGAUUGGUGCUAGUCAAGCCAUUGCCAACUUCACGUGGUCUACCACGCCAUUCUUCGUGUCUUGCUCGACCUUCGCCGUCUUCGUUUGGACCUGCGACAUACCGCUGUCAACUGAGAUCGUCUUCCCAGCUCUUGCUCUGUUCAAUCUGCUUACCUUCCCUUUGGCUGUAUUGCCCAUGGUCAUAACGUCCAUCAUUGAAGCAACGGUGGCGGUGGGGCGGUUGACCGAGUACCUGGCUGCCGAAGAAGUUCAGCCAGAUGCCAUCAUCCUGGGUCCUGCUGCGGAAGAGCGAGGAGACGAAACUGUCAUUAUGCAAGACGGUACUUUUUCAUGGAAUCGUCAUGAGUCCAAGAGCGUGUUGAAGGACAUUCAUUUCACCGCUCACAAGGGCGAGCUGACGUGCAUUGUUGGUAGAGUCGGUACAGGCAAGUCGUCUCUCUUGCAGAGCAUUCUCGGUGAUCUAUGGAAGGAGAAGGGAACUGUGCAGGUAAACGGCAGUAUAGCAUACGUCGCUCAGCAGCCGUGGAUCAUGAACGCCACCGUCAAGGAGAAUAUCAUUUUCGGGUACCGCUACGAUUCCAACUUCUACGAGAAAAUCGUCAAGGCAUGUGCGCUGCUUGACGAUUUCAACCAACUCCCAGAUGGCGAUGAGACGGUCGUCGGAGAAAGAGGCAUUUCCCUGAGUGGUGGUCAGAAGGCACGAGUUGCGCUUGCUCGGUCGGUCUACGCACGUGCUGAUAUUUACCUGAUUGACGACUGCCUGUCUGCCGUCGACUCGCAUGUUGGUCGACAUAUCAUUGAGAAUGUCCUGGGUCCCCAAGGUCUCCUGAGCUCCAAGUGCCGAAUUCUUGCGACCAACUCAAUAGCGGUUCUCAGCGACGCAGACUACAUCUACCAACUCAAGAACGGAGAGAUCGUCGAAAAGGGAACCUUCCGCCAACUCAUGGCAAUGAAAGGGGGCAUAUCGGAUCUCAUCAAGUCCACGGGCCAGGAUUCUGGGAGCUCGUCUGAAGAUCAAAGCUCGGAAAGCUCAAGAAGCGAAACCUCCACUUACAUCGAGCCCGAAAAUUCCGGAGACAAGGAAGAAAUCGAAGAGGCCCAGGAGAAUGUUCCGGAACUUGCCCCAAUCAGGACUGGGCCAUCCUCCACCAUACAGCGACGAACGGGCAGUACGUCUACAUUGCGUCCAGCCAGCGCAGCAAGCUUCAAAGGCCCUCGAGGCAAGCUUUCCGACGAAGAGGAUCCAAGCAGCAAGACCAGACAAGGCAAGGAGCACUCAGAGCAAGGAAAGGUCAAAUGGAAUGUUUACCUCGAAUACGCCAAGAACAGCAAUCUGAUCGCUGUCUCCAUAUACUUAUUCAUGCUGGUCGCGGCACAGGUUGCCCAAAUUGGUGGGAGUGUAUGGCUCAAAAACUGGGCGGAGAUAAACAACGCAGCUGGGGGCAACCCCGCGGUAGGCAAAUACCUGGGUAUAUACUUUGCCUUCGGUGUCGGGUCCUCUGCCUUGACAGUGGUUCAAACCCUGAUUCUGUGGAUAUUCUGCUCCAUCGAAGCCUCGCGGAAACUACAUGAGAGGAUGGCCAAGGCCAUUUUCAGAUCUCCCAUGUCGUUCUUUGACACGACCCCGGCUGGCAGAAUACUGAACCGUUUCUCGAGCGACGUCUACCGGCUAGACGAGGUUCUUGCUCGCACCUUCAACAUGUUGUUUGUUAACCUGGCUCGUUCGGGCUUUACACUGGUGGUCAUUUCGGUCGGCACCCCGGCUUUCGUCGCCUUGAUCAUUCCUUUGAGUGCCAUGUACUACUGGAUUCAGCGAUACUACUUGAGAUCAUCACGAGAACUCAAACGACUGGACAGUGUCAGCCGUAGUCCCAUCUACGCCCAUUUCCAGGAGUCGCUUGGAGGCAUCAGCACGAUUCGGGCAUACCGACAGUGUGACAGGUUUGAGCUCGAGAACGAGUGGCGUGUCGACUCGAACCUGCGAGCUUAUUACCCAUCUAUCAGCGCUAACCGGUGGUUGGCGGUCCGACUGGAGUUCAUUGGCGCUGUCAUUAUUCUUGCCGCUGCAGGAUUUGCCAUCAUCUCCGUCACCAACCACAGUGGAUUGAGUGCCGGCAUGGUCGGCUUGGCCAUGUCUUAUGCGCUCCAGAUCACAACGUCGCUCAACUGGAUUGUGCGCCAGACUGUGGAAGUGGAGACCAACAUAGUAUCUGUAGAACGUAUCCUCGAAUAUGCCCGCCUCCCAAGUGAGGCUCCCGAGAUCAUCCAGCGACACCGUCCGCCGGUCUCUUGGCCAGUCGACGGGGCAGUACAGUUUCACAACUACAGUACCCGCUACAGACCCGGCCUUGACUUGGUGCUAAAGAACAUCCAGCUUGACAUCAAGUCGCAUGAGAAGAUCGGUGUGGUAGGACGGACUGGGGCGGGCAAGUCAUCAUUGACACUGGCGCUGUUCCGUCUUAUCGAGCCCGACUCGGGCAAUAUCAGCAUAGACAACCUCAACACAUCGACAAUUGGACUGCUGGACCUCCGCCGACGGCUGGCCAUCAUCCCACAAGACGCGGCUCUUUUUGAAGGAACAGUUCGGGACAAUCUAGACCCGGGCCACGCCUACGAUGAUACGGAGCUUUGGAGUGUACUCGACCACGCACGAUUAAAGGAACAUGUGGCAAGCAUGGACGGAGGGCUCGGGGCUAAAAUAAACGAAGGAGGUGAGUCUACGAAUUUUACAGGCGCCGCUUUUCAUCGGCUGUCCAUCAUAUCACCAUCGUCAUCGUAUCCCCGGCAAUCUGCAUACCUGCUCGUGGGUGCUUGCCUGCAGGCGGCUCCGAUUCUGGCAUGUCGUAGAUUCAUCAACAUCACCGACGAGUCCCUGCAUGAUCGCCUUUGCAUGCAAUUUCACGAUGCAGCGAGGCGAGAAAAGCUCCUGUUUACCCCCACUCGUAUCCUUGAUGGCUCAAACCUGUCGCAGGGCCAGCGACAGCUGGUAUCGCUGGCUCGUGCUAUGCUUACGCCCUCCAACAUCCUAGUUCUGGACGAAGCUACGGCCGCGGUCGACGUAGAGACCGACGCCAUGCUACAGACCACGCUGAGGUCACCGCUAUUUUCCAAUCGCACCAUCAUCACAGUCGCCCACCGCAUCAACACUAUUCUCGACAGCGAUAGGGUGGUGGUGCUUGAGAAGGGCGAGGUCAUAGAAUUCGACACCCCCGAGAACCUUAUCAAGAAGAAGGGUGCGUUCUACGGACUAGUCAAGCAGGCGGGUCUAGAUACGGAGUAG